AUUUUUAUUCUUUUUUGUAAAGCAGUUGCUCAGAACCCAAUUUCUUUGCUUGAGAAAGCAUACAGAAUGGACGGUAACGUAGGGAUCCGCGACCGGGUCACGUUUCAGGCUGCAGAAAGCCGGUCGCUGUUAACACACCCAGCUUUGGUGAGCCAGCAGCAGGGAGAGCAUUAACACUCCCUGCUACAUUUUUAUUGACUUUUGUAUAUUGAUCAUUUCAUUCAGGUUGGAUGCUGCUAUUAUUUCGUCAUUUUCUCAAAUCGAACUCGGACAGGAUGUUGAAACACAACACAAACAGAACUGGUUUUUAUUUCCAAUCCUCAAACAUGAGAGAAAUCUUUAGAAGUGUUCUAAACACGUUAUACACUACAUGUGGAUAAUACAACAGAUUAUAUGACUGUUGCAUGAAAGCCUCAUAAUGAUCAUUCGGACUAUUAGAUGAUUAUAAGAAGAUUAUGAAGAGUUUAUUAUGAUUAUACAUAUUGCUUAAACUAAAUGAUUACUGGUAAUAUUUUUAUUACUCGGCAUACGAAUGCCCUCCCUUUUCAUCUUAAGAAUUGAAGUUUUGCAAGAAAUUUGCAUCGGCAUAUGAAGGAUUUUCGGCAUACGAACGAACCCAACGCCGGCUAAGUUGCACAUAUGUCCUGGAGCCGUUCGAAACCUGUUUGCGUCAGUGGAAAGCCAAGCGAAGCCAACUGGAACAGCCCAAGCUUGAUGGCACGACUUCCUGUGAGGAGCCUUGACAUGGACUGCUUGGCCUGGGAUUGGCUGAGUAAGUUCGGAUACCUCCCACCGGCUGACCCCGUGACCGGCCAACUGCAGACCAAGGAGGCACUAACCCAGGCGAUUAAAGCCAUGCAGAGAUUCGGUGGCCUGGAGGAAACCGGAGUGUUUGACCAGGCCACCCUAGGUUUAAUGAAGACGCCACGUUGUUCGCUGCCAGACAUGUCUGAGACGGAGACAACGGCUGGCAGGAGAAGACGAGCGCUGGUACCUCCGAAAAAGUGGCCUAAGAGACACCUGUCCUGGAGGGUGCGGACAUUUCCCAAGGAAUCGGCUGUACUAGGGAGGGAAACGGUUCGAGCCUUGAUGUACUAUGCUCUGAAGGUGUGGAGUGACAUCACGCCACUCAACUUCCACGAGGUUGCGGGCAACAAGGCGGACAUCCAGAUCGACUUCACCAAAGCAGACCACAAUGACGGCUAUCCUUUCGAUGGGCCUGGUGGUACUGUAGCCCACGCCUUCUUCCCAGGAGAACGCUUCACUGCAGGAGAUACCCACUUUGAUGAUGAUGAGGCUUGGACUUUCAGGUCUCCAGAUUCUCAUGGCAUGGACCUGUUCGCCGUGGCAGUGCACGAGUUCGGCCACGCCAUCGGACUCGCACAUACGUCUGCCAUGGAGUCCAUCAUGCGUCCGUAUUACCAGGGGCCGGUGGGAGACCCACUCAAGUACGAUCUCCCAUAUGAAGACAAAGUCAGAGUCUGGCAGCUUUAUGGUGUACGGGACUCAGUCUCACACACGGCUCGUCCAGAUGGCGUGUCUCAUACCGACGAUCCACCUGUUCUAAUGGACCUGCCAGAAAACAAAUCCACAGUGGCGCCAGCACGUGAUGCCCCUGACAGAUGUACCAGUCACUUUGAUGCAGUGGCUCAAAUCCGAGGGGAGGCCUUCUUUUUCAAAGGGAAGUAUUUUUGGCGACUGACUCGGGAUAAGCACCUGGUGUCGUUGAGACCGACUCAGAUCCAUCGCUUCUGGAGAGGUCUGCCUGCUAACCUGGAUAGCAUCGAUGCUGUGUAUGAGAGACCCGGAGACCAUAAGAUCGUCUUUUUUAAAGGAAUAAAAUACUGGGUAUUCAAGGACAACAUCGUGGAGGAAGGCUACCCACGGCCCAUCAGUGAUUUCGGCCUACCCAUGGAGGGCGUAGACGCUGUCUUCGUCUGGCUUCAUAACGAGAAGACGUACUUCUUUAAGGACAACCAUUACUGGCGCUAUGAUGACCACCUGAGACACAUGGACGAGGGCUACCCAAAAGACACAUCGUUAUGGAAAGGGAUUCCAUCACAGCUCGAUGACGCCAUGCACUGGUCUGACGGUGCCUCGUACUUUUUCAAGGGUAAAGAGUACUGGCGAGUGCUGGGCAGCGAUAUGGAGGUGGAGGCGGGGUAUCCGCGCCCCAUCGGCACAGACUGGCUGGUCUGCAAGGACAUGCAGUCGGACGCUCCAGAGACGAGGAAUAACGAGACGGGCUCACAGCUGACCGGAAAGCACCACACGGACCACGCUGAGAACGGCUACGAGGUGUGUUCCUGUACCUCAGACUCGGGCUCGUCCGCUGGCCCACGCCUGCAGCUCGCACCUGUUUGUCCGCUGGUAGCCUUCUUAAUACUGACACACACCUUCCUGUGUGGCACGCUCUGAUGACGGGGACGCCACAGGCCUGCGCCGGCAUGGACACGGACACUGAGAGUGCGUAUGCAGCGGCUUGUGGGAAGGACAGCAGAGGGCAAACUUACACUCCAAUCAGUGAUCAUUGCUUACUUUCUUUUUUUGUUUUAAAUCCAAACUGGAAAUGUGUAAUUAUUAUUAUUAUUAUUAUUAUUAUUAUUAUUAUUAUUAUUAUUAUUAUUAUUAUUAUUAUUAUUAUAACUGCAUUGAAAUAAUAUUUUGUGCCUCAAAACUAGGUUCAUUUUAAGCACUUUGUGGAGUCCAUGUCAUUCAUUAUCUGCUUAUUUUUUCCUCCUGCAAUGAUGAGAAUAUUCAACAUUUAAAGAAGGGAAAAAAACAAAGGAAUUUAAUCUGUAUUUUCCAGACUAAAAGUCAUGCCAGUUUUAUAGCAUUCACCAUCCAGGAUAAUCCCUGCUUAAAAAGAAAUUCAUGUAUAUGUUGUGUUAAUUUUUUAUUUUUUUUUUAUUUUUUACUUUUAUUUUAUGAAAUGCUUAUUAAAGUUUUUUUUUUUUUCUCAAGAGUUGCGUUAAACAUUAAGUCGCUAAAUCAAAUAAUGUCAUUUUAUUUCGGUCCAUACGUGUGGCAGCCUGGGAAACCGCUCUGAAUUUUGUUGUUAAUUUUAUAUGUAGUUUAUAAAAAGACAGAUAUAUACACGUCUCUACAAGUUACUCUGUUUUUAAAAUGUCAUUAGUGGAAAAGGAAAAGAAAUAUGUUUGAUAGAUUUCUUUCCCAGAUGCUGAGAAGGCGCUUCUGCGAUGUUAGGGAUUACAUACUGUUAUGAUUACUAAUUCUAACAGCAGGAAUGAAAUACUGAUCCACUGAACUCAGCCGCCGUAGCCCUCAGUUCUACUACAAAAUCACUGCAUGACCUAAUAUUGUGUUGGUCCCCUUUCUGCCCUCAAAACAGCCCUGACCCAUCGAGGCAUGGGCUUCACUAGAUCCCUGAAGGUGUGCUCUGGCACCAAGAUGUUAGCAGCAAGUCCUGUAAGUUGCGAGUUGGGGCCUACCUAGAUCGGACUUGUUUGCAUCAAUGGGCCUUGACGGCCCAUGACCACUGUUCCUUCCUUGGACCACUUUUGAUAGAUACUGACCACUGCAGACCGGGAACACCCCACAAGAGCUGCAGUUUUGGAGAUGCUCUGAUCCAGUCGUCUAGCCAUCACAAUUUGGCCCUCCGUCAAACUCGCUCAAAUCCUUACGCUUGCCCAUUUUUCCUGCUUCUAACACAUCAACGUUGAGGAUAAAAUGUUCACUUGCUGCCUAAUAUAUCCCACCCACUAACAGGUGCCAUGAUGAGGAGAUAAUCAGUCUUAUUCACUUCACCUGUCAGUGCUCUUAAUAAUGUUAUGCCUGAUCGGUGUAUAAUCUAGUCCGUUUUAAUAAAGAGAGCUUAUAACCACAUCACAGAGAAAACACAAUCACAAGCAGAAACUUUUAAUAUCAUAAUGAAUUUCUGACGUAUUAAAAACACAUCCCUAAAGCCUUAAAAGUCCCUAUGAGGGCUCCCUAACUGUGGUUUACACUGAUGUCUGUUUAGCGUCAGUAUGUAAUUCUCCAACAAGUGCAUGAUAUUCGCUGCGUGUGGAAAUCACUCAGAGCUAGCAAAGUUUUAAGCAUCUUUAAGCAGACUUUCUGUUAAAGUGGAUCCUUAAGGCUGCUCGCUGUUAACUGCACAUGUGACACUGUACAAAAACCAUUCCAAUUAUUACAUUUUUCGACACUAUUCAGGCCCACAACAGAAAACUUUAAAGAAAAAUAGCGCUCGUUAGUGUCUUUAACAUCGCUGUGUAUCAACUCGUUAAACGUUAAAGCUGUAAUUAGAGACAUUACUAAACAUUUUACACCAGAGAGAUGUUUUGACCAUAUUGUGAGCUUUUGAUCCUCUAGAUUUGCAUAAGAUGCACAUGCAAGUACACUAUAUUGCCAAAAGUUUUGGGACGUCUGCCUUUAAAUGCACAUGAAUGUAAUAUGGAGUUGUCCCACCCUUUGCACCUAUAACAGCUUCAACUCUUCUGGGAAAGCUUUCCACAAGGUUUAGGAGCGUGUUUAUGGGAAUUUUAAACCAUUCCUCUAGAAGCAGAUUUGUGAGGUCAGGCACUGAUGUUGGACGAGAAGAUCUGGCUCGCAGUAACGCUCUAAUUCAUUCCAAAGGUGUUCUAUUGGGUUAAGGUCAGGACUCUGUGCAGGUCAUUCAGGUUCCUCCACACCAAACUCGCUCAUCCAUGUCUUUAUGGACCUUGCUUUGUGUACUGGUGCGCAGUCGUGUUGGAACAGGAAGGGGUCAUCCUCAAACUGUUCCCACAAAGUUGGGAACAGGAAAUUGUCCAAAGUGUCUUGGUAUGAAGCUGAAGCAUUAAGAGUUCCUUUCACUGGAACUAAGGGGCCGAGUCCAACCCCUGAAAAACAACACCUGAAUUCAAUUAUUUGGAGGGGUGUCCCAAAACUUUUGGCAAUAUUGUGUAUGUGAACAACGGUACUUCAUAACACUUCUAGGCAAGAUUUAAAAAACCUCCAUGCCUCCAUGACCUCUGACAGGUUUCCCAGACCACCAUGCCUUAUAAGGCUCCCACCUUGCACCUUCUUGAAGUAGACUCCCGGGACAACAGCAUCUCACAUCCAUGCUAAUAUAUAUAUACAUAUAUAUAUAUAUAUAUAUAUAUAUAUAUAUAUAUAUAUAUACAUAUAUAUAUAUAUAUAUAUAUAUAUAUAUAUAUAUGAUUUGGACACAUCUGUUCAUUCCUGUUGUUUAUUUACAAAUAUUUUAAUUACUAAUGCAUGUGAUUUCACCUCCGUUCUAAAGUUUUUAUUAUAAAAAAUAAUAAGGCAUUAUUUGGGUAUUUAAAAAUUAUGGUCACAUGUCACACACAGCAGCUGUUGCAGCAGGAUGCAAAAAAAUAAAUAAAUACAUCUUAUGGUCUGGAAAAUAAUGAUAACGUUAGUUAUAAUAAAUAGUAUCAUUGUACAAGGGGAUUGUACAGGAAAUCUGUUAAUGGGGCUCCCUGAUUCUCCACACACUUAACCCUCAAGUGCUUUAACCGACCAUGCACACUGAUCCAGGCCUGUUCUCUCUGACCUUUAUUUAUUUUCUUUUUCUUUUUUUCAUCUACCUAUAUCCCCCCCCCCCAUCCCCAACUGAGAGUUUACACAGCCUCCAAACGAUCUGUGAUGGUUUCCAACGACUAUUAAUUUAUUAACGGUUUGUGUAUUUUUGUAAGGAACAAUAUUUUGGAGUAUGCAUCGCAGGCAUGAAUUGUUCAGCUUUGUGAAAUGAUUCAGCGUUUUUUUCUAGCUCGAGUUUUAACCCAGGAAGGAGGGAUUUUUAAAGAACGACGGGGAGAAUCUUUGAGUCGUGCCUGCAGUGGAGGACACUCGCAGCUCCUCUGACGCGUCAUGAUUGCUGAGAGUAUUUACUUAUAUACAGUAGGCUUAUAUAUGUACAGAUAUAUUUAAGGUGAAAGGUUGUAUGGCUAUUGCAAAAAAAAGAAAAAGAAAGAAGAAUCAAUUCCAAGCUGUCUUUUUUUAAGGGGAAGUAUUUUUGUAGAAAAAAAAUAAUAAAGAUUGAUGAAA